AUGGCAGAUGAAGCAAAUCGAACUCUUUUGGACUAUGCUUGUCCAACAAYUGAUGGGGCUACUUCUAGCAUUUGCAAGCCAACGAUUCAAGCCAAUAAUUUUGAGAUCAAGUAUGCAAUUAUCCAAAUGAUCCAAACGAGUAUUCAGUUUAGUGGGUUGUCGAGUGAUGAUCCUAAUGCACAUAUCAUUAACUUCCUAGAAAUAUGCGACACAUUCAAGCAUAAUGGAGUUAGCGAUGAUGCUAUUAGGCUUAGACUUUUUCCAUUCUCAUUACGUGAUAGAGCUAAGGAUUGGCUUAACUCAUUCCCUACAGGAACUACAGGAGGCACAAUCAUGAGGAAAACUCCAAAGGAAGCCUAUAAUCUAGUGGAAGAGAUGGUAUCAAAUAGCUACCAAUGGAAUAAUGACCGAGCUGAUCGAAGGGGAGUGCAUCAUCUAGAUUCUUUUUCAGCUUUAUCUGCUCAGCUUGCUACUUUGAAAAAAUUUGACAAUCUUAGUGUUGCAGUAAUAAAUUUGUCAUCUUGUAAUCCAUGUGAUCUUUGUGGCCAAUUGGAACAUAUAAAUUUUGAUUGUCAGGUCUUGGAUGAAGAAAAUUAA